AUGAGAUUAAAAUGGCAUCUAGUAGAACCAACAUUACUAAUUAGACAAGUGGACUCUAAUUUAGAAAUUAAUGAAGAAAAACAAAGUAUUAGCAAAGAAAAUAUAGAAACAGACCUUACCUCACUCAAAGAGAUAAAAACUGAAACCAAGACUACAGAGGAAGAAGAACUUAAAUUAAUAAACAAAUCUAUAAGUAAGUCAGAAGAUAGUAAUAAUUCAGACUUAUUAGAAACAGAACUAACCACUCAAAUACUAAUAGAGAAAAACACAGAAAGACUACUAGCACUUGAAAAAAGAGUAGAAUUCAUUAAUAUUCUAGUAAUUCUAUAUCAAAAGAUAACCUCUAGAAGAAGACAGCAGUUAACUUUUUAUACUCAAUAUGUUGAGUAUAAUAAUACAUACUUCAUUUAUACUCAUCCUACUCUUGGAAGUUAUUUCACUAUAGGAAAGUUAAAGCUAAGAGAGGCUAUUUACUUAACUAACUUUUGUGAAUACCAACUUGUUGCAAAUAAUUUACUUGAUCUUUUAACUCUAUGCAAUGUUAAACCAAGUAUAUUGGAAAAACUCAUAAAUAAUACAAAACAUCUGGAAGUAUGGAAAAUGAAAGGACAGAAACGGAUUUAUAUGAGCUUUGCUCAAUCAACCCUUCGCAAUAAAAGAGCGGCCUUGAGAAAAGCUGCAUCGGGCUCUAACAAGAUUACAGAUUGGAUUUCUUAUGACCUCUCAGAUAGCGGUACAAAAAAUUCUAUAAACAAUAUUCACAAUGUUGAAAAUGAGAAUGAGUAUAAUGAUAUUUUAUUCUAUGACUCCAGUAAUAAUGAAGAUGGUAAAUUUACCUUGGAGUCAUUAGAUAUUAUGUUAAAAAACAACUCAGAUGAUAUACGUCUGCGUAUAGGUUUUUCUAAAAUAACUGCUAGUGAAAUUCCUUCUCAGAGCGUUAACAGAGGUCCAUGGCAUGCAAGAUUAAUAUGUUCAUAG